CUGGGAGAGGGGGUCCCGGGACCGCAGAAACUUUGCCCUCCGGCUGAGGGUUGCGGACGGCAUUGCCCUUUGGGACACUGCUGGGAGCCCCCACAACGCGGAGAGAGGCUUCUCGGGAGCGCAACCUGCCAGAGAAGCUCUUGGAGGCGGUGAGGAUCCUACGCUGGGCAUCUAAACUUUCAUAAGAUCUGGCAUUGCUUGGAGACUGGUUGUGGAUGCUGUAACUGAGGCACCACUGUUUGUCACUGCCUUUUUCUUAAUUAUUUGAUCAUCUCCUUAGCAACUGAAGUAAUUUGCAAUGUUGGAGCUAGGCAGUAUCUUAGUUUACAGAGUAGCAUGGCAAAAAAGAGGCGUUGUUGUUUUGCUGAGAGUAUUUCUCUCGUGCUCUUUUAGGAGGAAUACAAGCUGCAGAGUGAUUCCUUCAUGCAGGCAGCAGUGCCAUAGACAGAUUGUUGCUGAUUAGCCCAACUCAGUUUCAGUGGUACAUCACCCAGUUGCUCAUCUGCAUCUCAGCUUUCUUUAAGCCAACUGAGUUUUCAUGGGUGCAAAAAAUAAAAAUAAAUAGAAAUCUGCCUUCAGAGAAAUGCAGUCCUUAGUGAAAGAUGAGUGGGAGACAAUAUCUUUAUGUAAGUGAGGUUAGUAGGACAAAUCCAUCUCUCUGGUACUGCUGAGAUCUGGCCAGGUGCUGGCCGUAGAGAGCACUCAAUUUGUCAGACAGACCUCAGGGUCAGCUUGCUGCAAAGGUGAUAUAAGGCCAUUUUUCAUCACGGUUGGGUCUUGCACCAAGCACAGUUUAAGCCAGUUCCGGGAUUUAGUCCAGAAUCUCAAUACAUCACCCAGAUGUAGUUCGCCAGCAGCCUAUGCUCUCAGAUCCGUCAUGUCACUAAACCUCAUGGAUUAUGAUGGCUGCAUAAUCCAGCUCUGCCCAGCCAGAAAUGCUGAGCACAGCUGCAGAGGCAGCUUUGAUGCAGGGAGUGCCUUCCCACACUGGAGCAUUAAAAGCAUCCUGGAUGCUGAGAGAGGUGAUAGCUUCCCCACCACAGGCACACACAAGGAGAGGAAGUUUGUGCAGACCUUCCUUUGAUUAGUGCACAGCUAAAAGCACGUACAAUCUGUGGUAAGGAGCACUGGGAGCCAGCUAAGAGACAGCGACAAUGUCUUCAGACUGCUGGAUACUUCCUACUCGACUUGGAGCCUGUAAGGUGAACUGCAGGGCACUGGUAUGUCUCUUGGUCUUUGCAAUGAGUGUCAGUGGCAGUGCCCCAGGGAUUUGUCCAACAGCCUGCAUCUGUGCCAGCGAUAUCAUAAGCUGCACCAAUAAGAACCUCUCUCGGGUGCCAGGAAAUCUCUAUAGAAGUAUGAAAAGGCUGGAUCUGAGUUAUAACAGAAUUGGAUUCUUAGAGCCUGAAUGGGUCCCCGUACUGUUUGAGAAGCUGAACACUUUAAUAAUCAAUCAUAACAGCAUUAGCAGCAUUAUCACUGGAAGCUUCUCCACAACCCCAAACCUGAAGUACCUAGACUUGUCGUCCAACAGCCUGAAGACGCUGAGCAGCCCUGUAUUUCAGGAGCUGGGGGCCCUGGAAGUUCUUCUUCUUUACAACAAUCAGAUAACACAUAUAGAAUCUUCAGCCUUUGGAGGACUGUACAAAUUACAGAAACUCUAUUUGAGCUAUAACCUGCUCUUGCAUUUCCCACUGGACUUGUUUGUUGGAAAGCACAAGCUGACAGAACUCAUAUUGCUGGACAUUUCCUAUAAUCACAUCCAGAUGAUGCCUAUUCAGCGCCUGAGUUCAGUGCCAGCCAAGCAUCUUAGUGGAGUUUAUCUUCACGGCAACCCAUUUUAUUGUGACUGCACACUGUACUCUAUGCUCAUCUUCUGGUAUCAAAGGCACUUCAGCAAUGUGGUGGACUUCAAAAGUGAGUACAACUGUUUAUUGCGAUCUGAUCUAAGAGGUUAUAACAAACAGCCUUUACUGCAGGACAACUUUCUGAACUGCUCUGAAAGUACCAUCAACAGCUCUUUUCAGGCUUUUGGGUUUAUUCAUGAUGCCCAGGUGGGUGACAGGCUGAUCGUUCACUGUGACAGCAGAAUCAGUGAUGCAGGCACACACUUCAUUUGGGUUAGUCCAGAGAAUAAAUUGCUGGAGCCAGACAUGGAGACUGAUAAAUUUAGGGUGUUUCAUAAUGGGAGCCUGGAGAUAACAGAUGCCCAGCUAGAGGACUCUGGGCUGUACUCUUGCACCGCAAUAAAUAAGAAAAGACUAUUAAAUGAAACCAUAGAAGUUAGAAUAAACGUCAGCAAUUUCACAGUUAACAGGCCUCAUGCUCAUGAAGCAUUUAAUACAGCUUUUACCACCCUUGCUGCCUGUGUCGCCAGUAUUGUUUUAGUACUGCUUUAUCUCUACCUGACCCCCUGCCCAUGUCAAUGCAAGACAAAGAGGAAGAAGAGGAAGCUGAACCAAAGCAGUGCCCACACUUCCAUACUGAACUCCACACCACCACAAGAUCUGCCUGCUGAUGAGAAGAAGGCCAGCACUGGCAAACGAGUGGUUUUCCUGGAACCCGUACAUGAACCAAAACACAGUCAGAAUGGGAAAGUAAAACUGUUUCCUAAUGACAAUGUCAUUGCUGAAAGUAUCUUAAAAACUACUCGAACAAAAUCCGACUCUGAUUCUGUCAACUCUGUGUUCUCAGAUACACCUUUCAUGCCAUCAACUUAGUUUGCUGCCUGUAUUUGUAUUGUGCCGUUACAUUUCUGAAUACCUCCUUUGCUUGUAGCAACCAUCAGGAAAAAUAAAUAAAGAGAGAAAAUGUUUUAAAAAAAGCAUCUGUUGUCAGUUCUUGAGCUUCUACUCCUCUGUUUGUGAGUACAAAUUAUAUCUUUCUUGAGAAAAGCCAACAGAAUGGCCUUGACAUAUUUUCAGUGCAAUCCUAGGCUUGCCUUUUAAUUUCCGGGACACACACAGCCAUCUCUCAUGCGCAUUUAGUGCUGCUUACAGUGCAUACAGUCUCAGAGCAGAGGCUGGCCCCACGCAAAGCAUGCAGUUGUUCUGAGCAUCCCACUUCUCUGCAGGGAGCAUGUGAGCAAACUCAGGUGGCUAUGGAGGAAAGUGUGUAGCUUUCCUCAAGUUCCUCUUAGAGGCUUACUAAAUCUUCACUUUAAAAUCAUGGAAGAAAUGUGUUUUCCAGGAUUGGUUUGAACAAAAAGUUCAGACUUGCUCUCAGGAUGUCUAGCAGUACUGGGUAAAUGUUUAUGGCCAUCACCUGGAUUAGAUAUUUGCCUAUCACUGUGUGAAACCUUUAAGGGGAGGGGAUGUUGUAUUCAUUUUACUCACAACUUAAUCAAGGGAUUGCUCACAAAAACUGGUUAUAUUGUUUUUUAAAUACUGGCAUGAAAAUAAAUGGUAAAAGUUAA